UUACUUUUGCUUUACAAAUUAUUCUUCAGAGAGGUCGCUAAGCAAGUGAAGAGUUGGUGCGUUGCCACUGGAUUAAGGCCAAAUUCUCGUACGAAUGCAUUUUUUAGAAAGCGACUGUGAAACCGUGAGUGAAGGAUGUGGCUUCUAGAGCUAGCUGUUUCCACAGGCAAGUGGAUAAGUUUCUUCUUUGCAUGGAUCAAGAUGUCUUGCAAACUUCCAGCCAUGGUUUACUCUGCGCCAAUCAAAGAAGAGACCAUGGAAUUAGAUUUCGGAGAGUACAAGCCAUCUUCCUCCUUACAAAGGAGAACCAAAGCUAAGAAGGACAGAUUAGUUAAAGAUUCAUAUUCUCUAUGGAGUACACUUCCUGAUAUUAUUCUCGAAGAUAUAUUCUCAAGACUCACCAUCAAAGAGCGCUAUUAUGCAUCUCAGGUUUGCCGAAAUUGGAACAGAAUAUUUUAUUCCCGUAGAGUGUGGGAUACCUUCAUCCUCGAGGAUAGAACUCUGACUAGAAGAAAAUUCAACUAUUACAUGGGUGAUCAAUAUGUUCUGGACCAUCACCGGACACAGUUAUGCUUACACAAAGUGGCACGAGGCAUUCGAAAGCUCAUCAUUAAACCUAUGGAGAACUUUUUCAACCUUUAUGAGUUCAUGACCAUAGUUUCCUAUUUCUGUGAGAAUUUUGAAGCCCUACCUCUGAUUAGAACUUUAGACUUUACUUUCGGAUGCGAAUUUUCAGACGAGAAUCAGCAAGGAAGAGACGAAAAGGUAUUCGGCACUGGUGGAAAGUUGCUGGAAGCAUUGAAAAGACUAAUGGAUGAUUUGACAGGGCUGAAGAAUUUGUCUUUACAGGAUCUGCUUCUGGAAAAGGAAGAAGCAAAAUAUCUACUGGAUGACGUUGCCUACAACUGCUGCGAGUCUCUACGGACACUCCGCUUAGUCAAUUGCUCAAAAGAACCUUUCGCCAUGCUGCAUCCAGCUGUCUUCGUCAAUCUCCAGAAACUCACAUUAUCACCUCAGCAUCUUUCUGAUGACAUCGUUUUACUUCUAGGAAAUACUAAACUUAAAGAUCUGUACCUUCUGCAAACAAAACUGACUCAGUAUGCAACCCCAGUCACGCCUAAGGUGUGGAGGGAGUGUUCCAAGCAUUCACCAUUGCUCAAAGUUCAUCAUAUCCUGACAGGCCCUGUAAAAACGCCGAUCAUAUGGCAGGAAGGAGCACCUGUUCGUUCUGUAAUUUACGAUACUCCACAAAUUGAAGUGUCCGUUUCUUGCAUCUUCACAGCAUCUAGUAUGUACAGCAACACGCUGGAAGUGUUUGCUUAUCAGGGAUUACCUGAAUAUCCUCUGCAAGAUAGUUUUGAAGAAAGGGCUGACACUUCAUUGAUGCUGUUAUCCCGAUGUUGUAUUUUUCUGGACACUCUUGUGAUACGCGAUUUCAUAUCUACUGCCACAGUGUUAUUGUUGGCAAAUCAGAGCAGGAACUUGCGUCGCCUUCUGGUGAGAAGGAAUGCUUUUAUUAGGAAAUGUGAUUGGCCUCAUAAUCCUGAAUGGACAGACACAUUUUACAGUUGGUUGCGUACAACUUCCGGAUCUUAUGAAAAGACAGCGCAGGAAGUUUCAAGGAUGUUAGGAUGCAAGUGGCUACCACUGAGUGAUGAAGAAUUUCAGAGACUUAAAAUAUAAUUAACUGCACUAAUGCAAAAUUUAUUAAUUUUAUUUUUAUAUAUAAGUCAUUUUGUAAAAUUUAUUCUCAUAAAGCUAUUUUCAUAAAUAAACAUCAAUAAUUUUAAUCGAUAAUUGAUUAUUAGAAAUAAAAGAAAUGAAGGUGAUUAAGAUGCACCAAAUUUAUGAAUACAAAGAAAAAAUAUAUUUUGACAUAUUUUUAAUCACUUUUGGCAAAUAUUUUAUAAAGUUAACAGAACAAGACAUAUAUCUAAGGUUUUAAUGGUGUACUUAUGUGCACCAAAAAGUGUAUUCUAACCAAAAAAGUAAUUUUAACUUUUAGUCCGUAUUUCAGUGGUAGGUUUAAUUCGACUGAAGUAAAGAAAUGUGUUUCAGUGGUUGAUUUUAAAUGAGUUAGUAGAUGGUAUGUAUAAUUUAUGUAUAGAUGUUUAAAAUAAUGUGAGUCGAUAUACAUCCUUUAUGAACCGAUAUCUGACCUGCAUGACGUCAUCAAUAUCCAUUCCUUUUUUAUCCUUAUUAUUCCAAAUGUUUUGUGGUCACGUAUCUUUCCCAAAUUUUGUAUGUUUUUCAUGCAAAAGAAAUGUAAUAAGGAUAUGUAAUAUAGUAAAUAUCAUUUAAAGAGUGAUGUUGUGAGUAAUUCAAUUUCUACUGAAUAAUAAAGACAUGUUAUUGUUUGUA